CUUCGAUUUUUUUUUUUCCUUCUGACUUACAUCAACUAGAGUUGAUUGACUGAAUUUUGCCUACAUAGGUUUGGUCCCCAUAUGACCUCAGCUUAAGUUGUGUUUUGAUGAAAAGUAAAUAGACCUAGUAAGCAAAUAAUACACCACCUGAAAAAACACUUUUAGAUCAUCGAUUACUGGUUUUUUGUUUUUGUAAGAUUUACGCUCUUUUAAUUGUUUUUUCUAUCUCGUACUGGACCGGACUGUCACUGUAUCAAGGUAUACAAACCAAGAAAACGAGAAUUUUUUUCUUCUCAUACACCUCCUGAUCGAUUGAAACUCUGGCUUGUAUUUAUUAAAUUCGUUUAUUCAUUUAUUCUAUUUCAUGGAUCAGUGGUUUGAACCUGAUUUCAACCUUCGGUCCCUUCGGGUCGCAGAUUUAAAGCGGAUAUUGAGGAAUGCAAAUGUCGAUUAUCCUGUUUAUGGUAGAAAAGCAGAUUAUCUGCAACUUGUUGAGCGACUACGUAGACAAAAGGUAGACAAUGGCGUCCAUAAAGGUUCUACCAAAAGUACUUCAAGCAGUGUUUCCACUAGUUCUUCAGCAAGCUCCAAUCUCAACUCUGGCAACGAAAAUGCACCGCUUAGUUCUCGAGCGAGUACCUCCUCUAUAAGAUCUGCUCAACCUUCCAGUACAAGUUAUAGUUCUUCUAGUCAAACUAAUACUCCGGCUUCUAGAUCAUCCUCAUCUUUUCCUCCCUCAGAUACAGAAGAGACAGUUCGCAUGUCAUCAUUUCCUGUUGACUUACAAUUUCCCCAUUCCUCCAAAAGAAAUAGCUUUCAGUCAUCGAUGGUAGAAGAAAAUCCAAAUGUGGAAACCUCUAUCACCUUGACUAGCCCUCCACCAUCGUCUUCUACCCCGAAGUCUCGUCUUCACGGUUCGUCCCGCGAUACCUUUCCCAUAUCGUCUAUUGAUACUUCCACCCAACAUGAUUCACCAAGGACCAUGCGAAAACUGAAACCGAUCUUGUCAAAUAGCCGAAGGAAAACCCCGGUUAAGUCGAUAGGUAGCCCUAGCCGUUUGUUUCAAUCUCCAUCCAAUUUUCCAUCAUCUCAUCGAAGUCAAUGGCCUUCCGCUAAAGAAGCACAAUCCACUUCCCAAAAUUCUAGAAAAGACUCUGCUCUCUUAUACGAAGAUGAAGAUUUAGAGUCGUCUGACGAUGAUACUCUCUUUGAAGACUAUAUACGUAAACAAAAUCAUUAUACUCCUGCAAGGCAUUCUUUAUCAUCAUAUGUGGGUCAAAAAACUUAUCACCUUUAUUAUAAAUUGACAAGAACAUUCUCAUUACCCAAUUGUUUCUGUUUCCGGCGUCCUAUCCAUCCUCCCCAUGUCUUGACCAUCUUACUUGGAGUUUUAGUUGCAGUUUUUUUGAAUCUAUGGAGGGAUGAGGUUUAUCGUGUCGGAUAUUGUGAUGUACCCUCUAAGGGCUCUACAGUGGUGCAAAAACUCGGACUUGGUGCUUCAUGUACUCCUUGCCCUCCACACUCCACAUGUUUUCCAAACUUUCAACUUCGUUGUGAUUCCGGUUACAUUCUAAAUGAGCCUUGGUAUUCUAAAUUCGGUCUAUGGCCAAGGAAAAAUUGUUUAAGUGAUACCGAUAGAGAAGAAAGCGUAAUAAUCUUUUAUGAAGAAUCUUUAGACGUUUUACGAACAUGGAAUUCAAUGUAUCAAUGCGGUCGAUUGCCCGACGAUUUAAUUGAAAAGAAUAAAACGCUUUCAAAAAUGGAUCCGUACAUAUUUAAUGGAGUUAAAAAAUCCAAGACAGCACACCAACCGCUGUUUUCUAUAACAUUGUUACGACACACACUUUUAGAAAAGAAAUCCCCAAAUCUCUCUUUAAGUUUGUUUAAUGAUUUAUUUAAAGCAGCUUUAUACCAACUGGCUAAUACUGAAGAGAUUCAAAUGGAUGAAGAAAAUAUCGGCUCCCGUAGUUGGGCUAAUGUACCGUUAAGAUGCCGACUCCGUCGACAAGUUUAUCGAACCAUAUGGAAGUAUAAAUUUAUUAUUUUACUAUUUACCCUAUUAAACACAUGUCUUUACAAAAUUUAUACCUAUUUUGUCCUGCGCAAAAAAACUCAGAGGUAUUUACCUUUUGCUUCGCGUUUCUGCAUCGAUACCUUAAAGAGACAGAAGGCUUUAUACCAAAGUUCACGUACUUCUCAGCCAGUGGUACCAUUAAUUGAAAUGCAUGAUUUAUUGCUUCAUUCACAUAAUGUCUUGGAGCAUUUUGGCCUCACUGAGAAGGAGGGUCGGCUGUUGUGGGAUUCAGUCGUUAAAAAAGUUGAACAGGUAGGAAGUAUACGGACUCGUGAAGCUGAAGUAGAUGGUGAAUGGACCCGUGUUUGGGAAUGGGUAGGUACGAAUCCUCUUGAUUCUUUACCUUCACACUAAUCUAUAGACUACUUACUGCGUUUCGCGAAAAUGUAUAUUAUUAGUUUCAAAUUAUUUUACUAUAAAGCGUAUCUGCUAAAAAAUAU